GUAACACUCGGCUCAAUACUGAACCUCUGACUAAAAAAAAACAGCACCAGUGCACAAGUGCUUUUCAUGCAGCUGUUAUUCAGCAUGAAUUUGGCAGAGAUAUGUGACAACGCCAAGAAGGGCCGUGAGUAUGCUUUACUGGGGAACUACGACUCCUCAAUUGUGUACUACCAGGGCGUAAUUCAACAGAUCCACAAGCACUGUCAGACCCUCAGAGACCCUGCACUCAAAGUCAAAUGGCAACAGGUCAGCAAGGAACUGACUGAGGAGUAUGAGCAGGUUAAAUGUAUCAUGGGAACACUGGAGAGCUUUAAAUCAGAGAAGCCACUUGACAUCCUUGCUCCUCAAUCAGAGGAGAGAUCUGAGGACCCAUCAGUUUGGCCGCCACCUACCCCUGCAGAACACAGGAAUCCCAUUGCAGUGAAGCGUCCCAACAGUGCAGUGAAGCAGCAGAGGAAGGAGUCCCCUGGUCUGCAGCAUCGAGGGGCAGGGUCAGGUGGGCGUGGUCAGGCUAACCCUAAACCAGACCGGCCGGGUUUCAGAGAUGCCCGAGGCACAAAAGCCAAAGACGACAAGGGAAAGAAAGGGGUUGGAGAUACACCCGGGGAUGUAGAGCAGAAGAAGUUUGACGGCACGGGAUAUGACAGUGACCUGGUGGACUCAUUGGAGAGAGAUAUUGUGUCCCGUAACCCUAACAUACACUGGGAUGACAUUGCUGAUCUGGAAGACGCUAAGAAGCUGCUGAGAGAAGCAGUGGUGUUGCCGAUGUGGAUGCCUGACUUCUUCAAAGGCAUUCGUCGCCCCUGGAAGGGUGUGUUAAUGGUCGGCCCUCCAGGGACAGGGAAGACCAUGUUAGCCAAAGCUGUGGCUACAGAAUGUGGGACUACUUUCUUCAAUGUGUCCUCCUCCACCCUUACCUCCAAAUAUAGGGGCGAGUCUGAAAAACUUGUCCGUCUGCUGUUUGAAAUGGCCCGGUUCUAUGCACCAACAACCAUCUUCAUAGAUGAGAUUGAUUCCAUCUGUGGCAGAAGAGGAACAUCUGAUGAACAUGAGGCAAGCCGCAGGGUCAAAUCAGAACUUCUGGUUCAGAUGGACGGUGUCGGGGGAGCCAUGGACAAUGAUGAUCCUUCUAAGAUGGUGAUGGUCCUCGCUGCCACCAACUUCCCCUGGGACAUUGACGAGGCGUUACGACGACGGCUGGAGAAGCGAAUCUACAUCCCCCUGCCGACAGCUGAGGGUCGUGUAGAGCUUCUAAAAAUCAACCUGAGGGAGGUGGAUGUGGCUGCUGACGUGGACCUGGACCUCAUCGCUGAGAAGAUUGAGGGCUACUCAGGAGCGGACAUCACCAACGUCUGCAGGGAUGCAUCCAUGAUGGCCAUGCGUCGUCGUAUCCAAGGCCUGAGCCCCGAGGAGAUCCGAGCUCUGUCCAAAGACGAGCUGCAGAUGCCAGUGACGAUGGAGGACUUCACCCUCACGCUCAAAAAGAUCUCCAAGUCUGUGUCUGCUGCCGACCUGGAAAAAUACGACUCCUGGAUGGCUGAGUUUGGGUCAGUAUAGAGACAGAUACCAUUUAAACUCAGAGGGACCAGAACUUUUAAAGAAGCACUCGCAGUUUUGACAAUGAUGAAAGCCUUGAAGAGGAAUGUGGUGCAUGUCACAGAGCUGUGGGUGAACCAGGCGGCACAUCAGGUAUGCAGGUAAUACAGGGACUCAAGUUCACAUCAGGAGACCGGUGCCUUUGAUUGAGCAUUAUGAAGACUUCACUCCUUCCCGUUCACAUUCCCUUCCUUUGUUGCUUUGACUUGAUUAUCUGUGUAAAGACCAGAUCCAGCUGCUGAGUGACUUGAGGAAGAAUGGGGUGAACUUCUCUCACACGGGGAACUUUUAAUGUAAAAAGUAGCCUAACACACAUAAAUAGGCCAGGGAAUGCAUACUAGUUUUACUUACAUAUUGGGCCUCAUGCAAGAACGUAUUCUUAUCAUAAAUGUUUUUCUCUUCCUGUGAGUUUUGCUCAUACGAGUGUUCCUAGUCAGAUUCACCAAACUGCACAGUUUUGUAAAUUGCUCAUUUCAACUUAAUGACCACCAGCUGUUUACAAGUAAUUGAGCGUACAUGAGAUUUGAUCUUCAGCCUAAUCGACACCCAUAAACUGAGAUAUUUUGGGGGCAAGUUUCACUUAAAAAAUGCCAACAGAGUAAUUGCUUCACACCACAGAGUUUUAAAUCCCGCUGUCGGAAAUAAUAACAAACUUAGUUGCAUCAGUAGUUGUUCUAUAGGACCCCAAACAAUUCCAAAAUAUUAUUACAGCUGCCAAACACAUUUGAUACUCAUGUCAUCGAGCAGUGCUGUGCGGUGACAGAAACAAAGAUGGAAUAGUUUGACAUGAAGCGAGAUGCUAAAACCUGACUUACAUGACAGUCAUGGAGAUGGAUGACAGAUUUGCAGGUUAUGAUACUCUGUCGGGUGCAUCAAAGGACACUCACCUGGGUAGCGACCUGCAUAAAGACUGUAAGCCACAACAAUGAUGCAGUGAACAGAAUAUGACAUUUAAAAAAAAAAAAAAAGUUAAUUUCAGUUAUUAGUUACAAGUGGUCACACUACAGAUGAAUUUUGUUCAUACCGAAGUACGAGAAAAUGGGUAGCUGCAAUAAUCUCUACUCUUACAUACCACUAAAGAAUGAGUGUGAAUUGUUCUUGCAUGAGGCCCUUCGUCUUAAAUAACUGUAUGUUUUAGCACUUUUAAUGUAUUUCCCCGUGGAGCCCUCAUACUUACUACUGACUGAACACACUUGAAAAACCAUGAUGUCUGUUAUUUAGUGUCUGAUUAUGUGUUUGUGUAUGUAUUAUUCAUCGGUUUUAAUAUUUGUUUUAAGUUUUAGUUGUGUUGAGACAAAGAGUCGAGUUUAAAAAAGCGCGACCACUCGACCUAUUGAUUUUUUUCAAUUAGAGGACACAAUGGUCCCUGUAUUUUAUGAGGUCUUUUACAUUAAAUCACUCUAAGCUGAGUCAAUAGCUCAGUGGAUCUAAAGUCAAUUCAGACAGCUUGUCCUGAAUUUCAUCACUCUUCUGUAUUCAGAUCAUUUAAAGUCUUCCUUAGGAUGGAGACAGUAAGUAAUAAGAUUAGUGCACUGACUCAGUCCAUACCUUGUGGAUGUUUGUUUUUACCUGUAUUUCUCAGUGUUUUCCCAUACAUCUUACACUGCCUCAAGCUCUCAAGGCAGCACAUAUAAGGGAAAUAAUGAACUACUAAAAGCUCCACUCAGUGUGUGUCACAGUUUCCCAGUAAGUUUUGUUAAGUGCAUUAUAGUUCCUGUACUGAAAUCUUUUUAAUCACAGUUCAUAUUAAAGCUCAACCGAAUUAGCUGAAAUACUGAGUAUGGAAAUUAAUUCUUGGAAGUAGUCGGUUGACUCAGCUUUUCCUUGGAGCUGUCAGCCAUCAAGAGAUUGAGUUCGCUUGGUUGUCAUGGAGAUGGAUCUGUUGGCGUGUGAACUUGGAACGAAUACUCAUGCUUCACUUGCUAAUCCAGCACAAACAAGAAAUCCUGAAGGUGCUAUGGAUGACAAUACAUCUACCGGGCUUACAUUUCAUCCCAUCCAUCUCCAUGACAACCAAGCAAGCUCCGUCUGCCGAUGAAUACCGUGCGAUACAGUGGAAAGCCUCGCAAAAAGCUAGUCGGUGGACCUUGACUUUGGAUUGUUUUGUCACGCUAUUGAAAUAUUAAACCUGUGAUGUCAGCUAUGACGUAAGCUGACUUGCAGAAUUCUGUUGUGGCUUUCUAAAGACCUGCCUCAUGUUCAUAGUCCAUCAGAGAUUUUACAAGCAGGAUGUUUUUUAACAUUCACUAAAAUGAAUAAAAUUAGAGAGCUCUGUUCAGUUCACAUGCCAACCACUGUGCAACUGAUUAUUGAUGUGUGCAUAAGAAACAUCCCACAGUGCUUCAUUGAUUGAAAACACGACACUGACUUAACUCACUAUGAAGCAGCAUUUUUAAGACAAAAUAGGCCGUGCUCCCUUUACUUCUCAUGAAGGUGAUUGUAAAGAAUUUGCACUACGUCUUAGUUUACAUUAUUGUUUUUCUUUUGUCUUUUCUGUAACACUGAAACACUUGAUAUUUUAUGGUCAUAGUCAUCUUUACAUUGGCCUACAUUUGACAUUUUUGUACAUGCUGUUUCUCUAAACAUUCACUACUCCGUUGAUGAAUCUUUGUGUCCCCCAAGCUUGCAAGAAUUGCACUGUGUUGUGUUGUAAGGCUGUUAUAACAGACUGGUGACCAGAAAAUUAUCAUUUUAACUGUUUUGAAAGCAAAACAUUCCCUAAAACCUCUCUGAUUCUUCCUCAUAAUAUACAGUAACACACCCACUCUGAAAUCAGUAUCUGCAUAAACCUUGAAUUUCCUUCAUCGUGUGAUGAAACCUUAAGCGCAAAGCAUUUCAACAUAUCUUUGUAGCACAGCAACAGGCUCAUAGUAACACAGCCUUUUUUCCUGUUUGAAUGUAUUGCGUCUACUGCUGAGGGGGCUCAAGGGAUGUGAGAGUCGGUUCGUCUG